AUGUUCUUCUGCGUGGGCACGUACCUCGCUCUUGACCUGCAUUUUCUCGUGGAGGCAUACAUCAAUCACAGUGCGACGCCCGGCGGGCCUCUAGCGUAUCUCAACAAUCCCGGGAGCAACGUGUCUGUGACCGUCUCCACGGCCAUCUUCGCCUUUCUGACGCUCCUCGGAGAUGCGUUCAUGGCCUAUCGGGUUUUUGUGGUAUGGAAUGGCAUGAUAAUCGCUCUCGUCCCAUCCGGCCUCCUUGUCAUUGGCGAUGCCGUCACCACCGGUCUCGUAGGCCAUGCGCUGCUACACAGUGGCGGUCCGACGACAUAUUCGAAGGUCAUCUAUGUACCAGGAGCUCGUUCGCCCUUAAUUGCGUAUUUCCUGAUGACCAUCUUGACAAACCUUGGCACAACAUGGCACAUUGCUCCCUGGUUGCUGCCCCUUUUUACAGCCUUGUUGCUCGGCCGUCUGUACUGGCAUGACAGACGGACCAGGAGACACCUCCCCCAGGAUAUGUACAGCACUGCUGCCUGGCGAGUGAUGAAGUCCAUCAUACAAUCUCAAGCCGUCUAUACCAUCGGGGUGAUCUUCAACCUCGUCACAUUUCUGGCGAAGUCCAACCUGGUUUUCAUCACCAAUGCCAUCCUUUCUCCGCUCAUUGGUAUCUCGUUCACGCUCAUCAUCACCCGCAUCGGCCUGAGCGAGGUUUUGGGAAACACCAGUCACGCACAGUCCAUGGUUUCCAGACCCAUGGAGUUCAACAACUCAGGCCACGUGUCGUCUCAUGAUAACACCGUCAAUGUCUUCAUUUCGCAAUCGGAUGAUCACAGCGAAGAUGUUGCCGUGGGCCGUACGAAGUCGCUCGCCGCGAUGACCUGA